AUGCUCGCCCACACCGCCGCCCUCGCGCUCGUCGCCCUCGCCCCCUCGGCCCUCGCUAAGUCGCACCACGCCUCGCACACCGCCACUGCCUCGUCGGCCUCGGUCUCGGACGCGGCGUCGACCACCAUGACUACUUACACCAUCUCGCCGGCUCUCGCUCCGGGGCUGUGCCUCGCGCCCAGCAACAGCACCAACGGCGCCACCCUCGUCCUCGCCGACUGCUCCGACAACACCACCGUGUUCCGCCACAACACCAAGAACGGCAAGGUGCGCAACAUGGACAGCGGUCUCUGUGUCGACGUCACCGACGGCGUCUUCUCGAACGGCACCCUCGCCCAGGUCUGGGGCUGCUACUCGUGCAACACCCACCAGGCGUUUGACUUUAUCGCCCAGUCCAACACCACCGACACCAACGGCACCGUCACCGCCGACGUCCUGGGCAACUACACCAUCCAGUGGGCCAGCACCGACUACUGCCUCGACCUCAUCAACGGCACCGCCCAGGUCGGCGCCGAGGUCCAGGUCUGGAAGUGCCUCGACUACAACGACAACCAGAAGUGGACCCUCGACGAGGUCGUCGAGGUCGACGAGACCGAGGACGACGGCGCCCUCGACACGUACAACGCCGCCCUCGCCGCCGCCCAGAACGCCGCUCGCGUCGCCGCGUCCACCUCGGCCGUCAAGCGCCACAUCUACCGUGGCGCCCACCACGGCCGCUCGCACCACUAG